AUGGCGAGCAUUGCAACUAAGAGAAAGGUUUUAAUGCUGCAUGGAUUCACUCAAUCUGGCCAACUUUUUAGAUCAAAGACGGGAGGACUGAGAAAGAACCUGACUAAACUUGGAUUUGAAUUAUAUUAUCCUACGGCACCCCAUUUGGUGACAAAGGCACUUCUGAAAAGACUCUAUGGAACAAGCGAAAACAUUGAUGGUGAUCCUCUCAAAUCUCCUCUGGAUUUGGCGUCCAAAUUUGGCUCUUCCAAUAGCACAGACGAAAUAUACGGUUGGUAUCUCAAGGAGGAUCCUCAUUCAGCAAGUUUUGACAUCGAGACCUCCACUUUGACCUUAUUACAUGACUUUGUCGUCGAAAAUGGGCCUUUUGAUGGCCUGAUAGGAUUUAGCCAAGGCGCUGGUUUCGGUGGCUAUCUUUUGACCAAUUUCAAUGAAUUACUGAAUCUAACCAAACAAGAACAACCAGACUUUCAAUUUUUUAUCUCAUAUAGUGGUUUUAAACUUGACGAUAUCAAAUACCAGGAAGCCUACACAAGGAGUCCAAUAAGUAUACCAUCGUUGCAUGUUCAAGGUGAGUUGGACACAGUAGUGUCUGAAAUUAGAGUUAUGAGUCUUUUCAAUGCUUGUGAAGGAGGCAAAAGAACUUUACUAAAGCAUCCUGGUGGCCACUUCGUUCCCAAUUCUAAGCAUUUUACAGUACAGGUCUGCAAUUGGAUACAAACUACAACAGGUAACUACACAAACACAGUUGAUAACGCAUCCGCGAAGGACGUUCCAAAAGAGUCGAUGGAGCCAACGUUUGAUGAUAGUUUUCUUGAUGCUAUCGACUCGAUGGGCAAGAUUUGA